AUGGCGGACACUGUCUUGAAGCAUCGAGCUGAGUUUGCUUUUGCUCAGCUUGAGAACGAGAGAGCUCUGACAUCGCUUCGUGACGAGCUAAGGGUAGCUCGUGGGAUUUUUGGUCGGUCUCGGGUUGAGAUAACUGCUCUUCAGACCCUUGUUGGUGCCCACCAUCGGGAGCACAAGGCUCUCUGCGAGAUGCUUGAGCGCAAGGGCGUUCUUCAUCGGAAGAAGCAGCGUACUGAUGGUACGGCUUAA